CAUGUGCGUUGCCUUGCCUGCCAGUCCGGUUUCUGCUCUUCCAGGAUGAAGAUGUUUUUUCCUUUUUAAGCAGAUUCGGCGAUGUUGACCACAAGAACGCACCAAAACAAUACAUGACAGACUCCACCAGCACAGCAGACUCGGGCGGCUGCGCUACACGGCGCCGGUUUAGACGCAAAAGGAGCGAAAGUGAAGGUCUGUACGAAACUGUGCCAGUUGGACAAAAGACGGAGAGGAGGAUGAUGAUGAUGAUGCUGAAGGUGGCGAUGAUGAUGAUGGCUGCGGUUCCGUGUUUGAGGCUCGGCACAGGUGCAGUGGACUGCUCUAACUCACCUGGCCUAAAGAUGAGGAAGAGUUUGGACAGCGGCUUCAUUGCUGAAGUCGUGGUGCGUCUGCUGCUGCUGGCUGUGUUCCUAGUGACGGAGGAGCUGUCUCCGUUCAGCCGGGAGAUCCAGCCGGAGGAGCUGUGGCUCUAUAAGUUCCGGCAUGUGAAAAACGACCGCGUUCCCACCUCACUCAUGUUCAGCAUCGCUCUCUUCACACCACUUGUCACCAUCCUCCUGUUUGCACUCCUGAAGCAGACUGAAAAGGGGGAUGUCAAAGAGGCUUCGCUGGCUGUGACGUUGACUCUGGUACUGAAUGGAGUUUUCACUAAUGCUGUGAAGCUUGCUGUGGGAAGGCCACGUCCUGAUUUCUUCUACCGCUGUUUCCCGGAUGGUCAGAUGAACCCGGAGCUGCGCUGCAGCGGUGAUCCGGAAGUGGUUAUGGAGGGCAGGAAGAGUUUUCCCAGCGGACAUUCAUCAUUUGCGUUCGCUGGUCUGGGUUUCACAGCACUGUAUAUUGCGGGGAAGCUGCACUGUUUCAGUCCAGCUGGCCGGGGAAAAGCCUGGAGACUGUGUGCCUUCCUCACUCCGCUCCUCUUCGCCAUCAUGAUCGCCCUGUCCAGAACCUGCGACUACAAACACCACUGGCAAGAUGUGUUGGUGGGAUCUCUGCUGGGAUUGGCCUUCUCGUACCUGUGUUACCGUCAACAUUACCCCGCGCUGAAUGAAUCAGACUGCCACAGACCGCUCCGGCUCAGAGAGACGACACAGUCUGUGCAGAACCGCAAACAGGCUAACACAAGCUACCUCUUGCCUCUAUAGGACCCUAACUAUAUUAGCCCCUAAAACCCGUAUGAUGGAAUAUAUUGGAAUACGUUGUCAGUGUUUUACAAAGUUAUAAGAAAUAUGUUCUGCAUUUUGAUGCAUUUUUAAUAUAUUACAUUUUGUAUGGGUUGAAAUCAUGAACUGUAUGGGCGUGUGCAGAGUGGCCAAGUAUGCCUCAGGCAUUGCCCACAACCUAAUGCUGCCAGAUUCUUUCCUGUGUUGCCUGUGACCUACGAGGACCAAUUUCUGUUUUGGAAUGUUACAGACAUUAAAACCAACUCACGUUUCCAGGCCCCUCAUAGAAACAUGUUUUUUUUGUAGCUACUGUUGUGAGGUUGGACAGGUUUUACAGAACGCUGGUAAAAUCCCAUCAAACCUAAUGAGAAACUGUAAAACAGACUCUGUUUGUAUCACAAUACCUACAUUUGGAAUGGGGAUCUUCACCAGCAUUCUGUAAAGCUUGUUCAGCUUCACAGCAGUAGCGAUGAAGUAACACAUUAGUGGGCAGAGCCUGGAUGGGACAAUUGCGUAUUGUAGAAAGUAGUCUUUGAGCUUUGUUUUUGCUUUGGGCUUUCUGUUUUAGAUGUAAGUGAAAACACGUCUGCUGGGUGUGUGGGACCUAAAUUUGCACCAUUUUUAAAAAUAUUUCUCCAUACCUCAGUGGUUGAGAUGUAAACAGAGUGAUUCAGAGUGGUUUGGUGUGAAAUGGUUCAGAUUUCUUUACAGUGGUGCUGAUAGGAACCAGGGGUCACCAUGACUACAACACAAAUAUAGACAUUUUAUUUAUUAUCCAAAACCACCAGUGAACCUACACGUGUCUUCUGAGUUUUAUAUGGAAUGUUGAUGAAUGGAAAAUAGUGGAAAAUCAAGGGAAGAAAAUUAGGGACUAAUCCCUCCACCAUGGAUUGCUUUAAAAAGUUAGGUAAAAAUCUUCUCAAAUCUAUCAUAAAACAAAGCCUCAGACAUCAGGCAAUGUAUUCGUAACUAUUUUAUGUAAUAACUUUCUGUGAGGGAGCUUUUAGAGGUGGACGUCUGGUUCCUAUCACCACCACUGUGAAAAAUUCUGACUUGGAGCAUUUCACACCAAACCACUGGGAAUUACUCUGUUUACAUCUCAACUGUUUAAUUAUGCAGAGAAUUUUGAAAAAUUGGUGGAAUUUGCCUGUAAGGAUGGGUGUGUAUGUGUGUGUGCGUGUACAGUAUAAAUGUCCCUCGGUCGCUGUGUUUAUGAAGGUGUAUGUCAAUAAAGAUUAUUACAGCCAGUCUAAUGGAUGGUUCUUGCAUCA